AAGCAGCUCGGCAUGGGUUGAUCCAAUCCGAAAGCAGCUCGGCCUUGAUAACUCUAUGGGCUAGGCCGACAGAUUCACCGUCUUCCUCGGACCAAUCGAAAUCGAAUUCCUUAGUGUUCCCUCGUCUUCUUCUGAGCCCAGCCAUCCAAAAACAAACGAAGAAGGUCCUGAGCCCAUCCGUGGUCCGUGGAGGAGGACGAAGACGACGAGCCGAAUCGGACGGCCGCGGCUCGACCGGUGGCCGCAUCGCAGUCGCAGACGCUGGAAACCGCGCACGCACGAGGAUUUCCCUUCAACGCAGGGGGGUUUGGUUUUCCUCCGGCGGCAACGACAGGCCACGCUUCCCCUUCCCGAGACCCCGAGGCGGAUUCGAUCCAUCCAUCUCGCGAGCCGAGCAGAGGAGGGCGGGCGGGCGCCAUGGACGCCGCGCGGUGCCCUGAGAUCCCCCGGCGCUGCCACCACUGCGCCGGGCCCCUCUCCAAGGACAUGGAAUCAAGCAGCUGGACGGUGCCUCCGUUGGUUCGAGAUAGCUUCUCCAUGAUUGGUUCCGCUGUGGGGGGUACAGCAGGAGCAUUUUAUGGUUUUAACCAUGUUACGCCUGUCGUUCGACGUUACAUAAAGGGGCCAAUGUGGAUCCAUUUUCUUGUCGGUGCACCUCCAGUCGUUGUGUUCUCUUCUGCAUGUGCUGGAUUAGCAGUUAUAUUUUUAUCUGUAGGUGGUACAAUACCAGCCGCUGCACAGCUGGUUUCAUCAUCCUAUCAUGCAGCCAUGUCGUCGCCCUCCUUUGCCCGCUCUGCCUCUCAUGCAACCAUGCCAUCGCCCUCAUUUUCCCACUCCGCUUCUCAUGAUGACAUGCACAAGAGAAGCUAUCCUCUGACUGUGCAAGGCAAGAAUACCGCCCUGUAAAACGUGUUUGUGUUACCACUUCUCGCUCGUUUAACGAGAGAUGCUUUUGUAAAUGGUAAGAUUUUCCCGUGGACCGACGCUAUAUAUGUUUUUUUUAAUAAAUUUUGGUAUUUAUCUCUAUGCAUAACUUGGAGUGUGAUCACUUCAUGUCUAUUUUCCUGGUGGUGUUGCGACCGGCUUAUACUCGUUUGGGACCCAUUUCACAUUUUCAGUGUGCCAAACUUUCAAACAGG